AUGAGUUCUAAAUUGUCAAAAGGGGCUUCUAAUAGGCUUCUUAAUUUAUUAUAUACCACUACUUCUACAGAAGUUGCGACGAAGGUGCCGAUAGUAAGCAAAUAUUUGUACCAACUGGAUGAGACUUCGGGUAAUGACAAGGCUAAGAGAUCCAUAUUAGACGGAUUGAUGGAAAAUGAGUGGAAACAGAAACCUUUGGAAACUGCAGUUGAAGACUUGCCCAAAACGAAUGCACUUCGGAAGAAAUCCAAUAUUUUGAAAUUUAAGUGCCAGAAUUCUUUUAUCAGUUACAAUGAUUUCUACAACAUAUAUCCUAUCAAUAGGGAACGGAAAUACUAUUUAUCUGAUGAGAUCAGGAAGGGAAUACGGUUCAAGGUUGUCAAGUCUCGGAAUCCAAUAAAUCUUUUGCCCACUGGUGCUUAUUACCUUAUAUUUCCUAACUAUAAGCAUGCGUGUGUCUAUUGGAUGGAGACAGUGGGCAAGCAAAUUAAUGGGUUCGACUUGAACCUAGAGUUUGUGGGGGCCACAGCAAACGAAUUGAAGUACAUGUCAUCACCUUUAUUGGACGGUUCUAUAAAUGACCUGUUGAAGAAUCAUAAGUUACGAAUAGAGAAAACGGUGGGGAGCACUCCAAUACAGAAUAUUUUUCAAUAUUCGACGAAUAAGUCGUCUAUAAUAAAGCAAAUUAUGCAUUUGGAGAAGCAGGAGAUUGAAAAUUAUCAAACUAUUGAUGUGGAUCCUUUAUAUGCUCCAAUAGUCGACUUAAUCGAUACCAAUACUCGUAUUGCACUGGUUUUAGUUCGAAAUCUACCAUUUGGGUUAUCCAAACAUGCAUUACCCAAAUUAUUAUGGGAUUACGAGCUAGCUCCAUUAGCAAAAUUUUCAAAUUGUUUUACUACAAUUAUAAACGAUCCAGUAAACCAAGUGCACUUAAAUCUAAUUAGAUUCGCUAAUAGGGAGAAUGCUCAAAGGUUUGUUCGUAAUUUCCAUGGUAAAAAGUGGGAAAGUGUUCAAUCUGAAAAAGAGAAAAAAAUUUACGAACCUAUACUAUGUGAAAUUGUUGAUUAA